CCUAUCCUCUGCCCGCCCCGCGAGCCGGGCACCUGCCAGGAGCCCUGUCGAAUCAACUGAGAAGGGAUCUGCAGAGCAAACACCAUGAGUAUCUCGGCUCUUGGAAGCAGCACUAAAGGGAAGCCCCUACCACCAGGUGAGGAAGAACGCAAUAAUGUCCUCAAACAGAUGAAGGUUCGAACCACACUGAAGGGGGACAAGAGCUGGAUCACCAAGCAGGCUGAAUCGGAGGGCCACACUCUAGAGCUGCCCUCUGGUCGGAGUCGUGCCACAUCUUUUUCAUCAGCUGGGGAAGUCCCGAAGGCCAGGCCUCCAAGCACGAGGGCUCCCACUGGCUAUAUCAUCCGGGGAGUGUUCACCAAGCCCAUAGACAGCUCGUGUCAGCCCCAGCAGCACUUCCCCAAGGCCAACGGAGCUCCAAAAAGUGCUACCGGUCUACUGAGAGCAGCUCCUACUGGGCCUCCCCGCCCCUCCUCCUCUGGCUAUAAGAUGACCACUGAGGAUUACAAGAAGCUGGCACCCUACAAUGUCAGGCGCAGCUCAGCAUCAGGGGCUGCUGAAGAGGAGGAGGUGCCCUUCUCGUCUGACGAGCAGAAACGGAGGUCAGAGGCUGCAAGCAGUGUGGUGAGGAAGACAGCUCCCCGGGAGCACUCCUAUGUUCUGUCAGCAGCCAAGAAGAGCACCAGCAGCCCUACCCCGGAGAUGCAGGCCCCAUUCAUGGCGAAGAGGGUUGAGGUGGUGGAUGAGGACAGGCCUUCUGAGAAGAGCCAAGACCCACCUACUCUAGCAAGAUCCCCUCCUGGCUCAAACAGCUCCAGUGCCACUCUGGCCUCUGCUGGACCAGCUGACUGGAAGAGUGACAGUCCAGCAGACCUGGAUGACAGGGAGGCACACCUGAAGGGCACCUUGGCUGGUUCUGAAGAGAAGAAUGUGGCUGCCAAGGUGGGAGAGACCUGGCAGGAGAAGCCCACAGCCCUGAGAGGUGGCCAGGGAGACCCAGCUGUACCCUCCCAGCAGCCUGCAGCUCCCAGGACCCCAGAGCCACAGAGCAGCCCCAGAAGACCUGAGCAGCUUGUGGAACUGGACAGCCAGGCCACCAGCACCUUGGCUGGUUCUGAAGAGAAGAAUGUGGCUGCCAAGGUGGGAGAGACCUGGCAGGAGAAGCCCACAGCCCUGAGAGGGGGCCAGGGAGACCCAGCUGUACCCUCCCAGCAGCCUGCAGCUCCCAGGACCCCAGAGCCACAGAGCAGCCCCAGAAGACCUGAGCAGCUUGUGGAACUGGACAGCCAGGCCACCAGAGUGAGAAACCCCUCGAGUUGUAUGGUCACUGUUACCGUCGCUGCCUCUACUGAGCAGCCUCAUGUUUACAUCCCAGCCUCCCCAAGUGAAUUGGACUCCAGUUCAAUCAGCAAAGGGAUUCUCUUUGUGAAGGAAUACAUGAAUGCUAGUGAGGUAUCCUCCGGGAAGCCAGUGUCUUCAUGCUACAGCAGUAUUAGAUGCACUGAGGACUCAUGUGACAUGGAGAAGAAAACUGCAUGUGACAGCUCUUUGUACUCUAAGAGAACAAGUGGAAGGAUCUGUACUUACUGCAACCAGGAGAUCAGAGACUGUCCAAAGAUUACUCUAGAGCAUCUUGGCAUCUGCUGCCAUGACUACUGCUUUAAGUGUGGGAUUUGCAGUAAACCAAUGGGUGAGCUCCUGGAUCAGAUCUUCAUUCACCGUGACACCAUCCAUUGUGGGAAAUGCUAUGAGAAGCUCUUCUAGUUCUUCCAGGCUGAGAAGAAGAUGAUGACUCCUGGACAAGUUUGGCUGUCCCCAGUUGCCCCAAGUUGCUGGCUUCUCUUCCCUUACUUCAUCCCUCCCCAUUUGAUUUCUUCAUGCUUUUUGCCCCUCUCAAGCUGAACUGCUUACAUCCAGUAGAGUAUCUUAAUGAUGCUAUGAUAAUUACUUGUGUUUGUAGCUUUUUAUAACUUAGAAAGCACUUUAUGUCCAUGAUCUUAUUUCAGGCUCAAGAAAAAAGGAUUGAACAAGAAUUUAAUCUUAGCUUUCCUAAGACAGGUUGGCCUCCUGAUGAGUUUAGGUGGCCUGGUACAAUAAGCAGGAGCAUGGGUUUCAGUGUGUCUUGACUUUUGGGACAGAGAGCAAACCCACAUUCUAAGUGUACCUUUGGGACUUGAAAGCGGGAGAUGCCCUAAAGCUUCUGAGGAGCCAGGUUGAAGACUUGAUGAUGUCUGGUGGGUAAAUUGCAGACAUUGAAUGCUAGGGAUUGGCAUAGGCUAAUAUUUGGAUUGUAUUUUAACUUUCCAUACACGUUUAAAAGCAGUUAGUUGCUUUUGAUUGAAUUAUAUAGCAGAUUUUAAUUGUCUUCUCUUUCCCACUUUUCACUAUAAUUGAGGUGUUUUUUUUUUUUUUUUUCCCUGCAGGCAUGUGGGCAUGUAUUAGAAAGUCACACAGUUAAGUUUAAAUUCUAUAGGAUGUGAUUCUUAGGAGGCCACCGACCAAAGAAACAUCUGUGUCUGCAUUUUGAUAGUUGAUUAAUACCUUUGCCCUCAAUUCCCAAUAGUUACAGGAAAAUCUUCUAAAGUGGGUUUUAGGGUGUAUAGACUCCAGCAGGAUUAAAAGGGGAGAAAAGCAGUUAACAUUUCUCAAGGCCUUACUACGUAUCAGGCAUUAUCACAAAGUGAUGGCAUUAAUUCCUAUACCAGUCCUAUGCAGAGGGUAUUCUUGUCCCCAGUUUACAGAUGAAGAUCUUGAGGCUCAGAAGGUGGUCAUUGCAUUAUGUGGAAUCAUUGCUCUCUCUCUCCAGAACCCGUGUUCUCUUCAGUAACAGUAACCACAAUACCAAGCACUGUGCGGAGGUUACCUCAUUUUACCAGGUAACACUGCCUUCCUCAGGCCUCCCCUGAGGCAUACUCUUCUUACAAAGAGAUGAAAGUAUUAAAUCAUGCUUCUCCUCUGGGCAUCCUAGGUCUCCCUAUAAAGUACCACAAAUGCCAACUGACCGCCUUCCCUCUCCUCCCCUUUCCAUGAAAACAAUUCUGAACUAAGAUGCUCUUCUGAACUCAGAUUUCUCUGCUGGGUAGAGAUUUGACUCACAGACCUUCCCAAAGAAGAGCUUGUCAACCCAGGGAAACCCCAGGAGGCUAGCUGAUCUGAGUCCAGGGCCUUCAGUAACUUAUUUUUCGCUACAGACUGUCCCAAGAUAGCAGCAACUACUGGGGUCCCAAGUACCUGGAACACAGAAACCUGUUGGCUGUCUAAACAGAUUGCAGGCCCAUCCAUGCAGUCAGCUGAUACUCUGCUCAGGUUCGACUAAGCUCCUCUGUCUUUGGGACCAGCAUCACUGUGUAAGGUCCUUGAGAGAAAGAACAACCUGAGAGUUUUUCUGAUGAAAAAAUGAGGGUCUCUUCUCUUGAUUUAAUUAGAAAAUGUCUCCAUCUCUCUCCAGUUUGUGAGUCCUAUGCACACUGGGUGGUGGAUUUGUCUUCCCACCAAAUGAUCAGAGAGGAACACUCCAUUUAUUUGCAUAGAUGUGCAUUAGAUUUGCUCUGGAGGGGAAAAGUGGUAAAAUAUGUCAUGUACCAACACUAAAUGUGAGCUGGUAUUCCUCAAGUAUAGCCCACAGCAUGGAACUCAGCACAUGGGAGGCACGGAUACAUAGGUAUCAAUAUCUGCUGAAUAAAUGAGUAAAAGGGAAAAAAAGGCUGCUCCUUAGUGUGGGAGGUACCAACCCUGAAUCAGUAUAGGCCCAGUUGAUGGAGUACAGGAUAAAGAGGUCCAAGAUAGGCUGACUUCUCCACCUUUAAGAUACACUCUGCCUUUAAAGGGGUUUUAGAAUCAAUAUGCAAGAAAUUGAUAGAAAGCUUGUAAGAUCAGUAUUGAUUUCUAUUCAGAACAGCCUCUUUCAUGUCUAAAAAGGCACAGAAUUCUGCAGACUUAAGAGAGGUGGUUGCAUUAUACUUUUGCUUCUUUUUAAUUGUCUAGUUUUUAAAUCACAUUUGCUUAAUCCAGAUUAAUGUACACAAUUAUAAUAAAUGUUGAAGUAUUAGA